AUGUCAGAGCAGUUUGACAAUCUAUUCACCACACCGCCGGGCACACCUGCCCAGCGAGAACAAAUCAAAGAAACAAUACGAGACCUCUUGGGAUACAAAGAGGAAGGACCCACGAAGGGACAUGGACAAGGGCCGCAGACGACGCCACAGCCACCACAACAUGCAAUCGCACAGGCUGACAGGGAAGGGGACUGGGACAACAACAACAUAACCUCCCCCAACCUCUAUCAAACAUGCGAACAGAUUCUAAGUCCAAACCUCUCAGAUAUUUCACCACCCAGCCCCAUUUCGACGACAAAAACAUUGACUGAAGGAAACGAGGAGCCCAUGGACCUCACGACCGUUGCCGAAACGGACCUCAUCCAACCGUCCGAUCUGGGGUUCGCGGAUCCGGGGGAGGCGGCACCGCAGAAGAAUUCGAACGGCCAGAGUGUAAUGCAGGGGGAAAGGAAAAGAAGGAGGACCAGGUCGCUGUCAUCAAUAUUGGCGACGUCCGACAACCCCGGCAGCCCUGGCGAGUCGACUGCACCAAUGCUGCUGCCUGAGCUGGAAGGCAAACCGGCGGACGUACAGGCCUACUCACCACAAGGACAGCCACCACGCACACCACCAACAACCCCCCCCAACACACCCACCCCUACCGAGCGCUCCAUACCCCCGUUGGAAAAACUGAGAAAGCUACUGUCUCCACAUCUCCGCUGGCAUCCCCGGCACGCAGUGGUAAGAGCAGCCGCAGAGGGAGAGACAGGGGAGACAGCAGAGGAGAAGGCCAGUGAGGUGUCCUCCACAACCAACACCACUACGGACUCAACACCUCGCAAAAGGAAGGGGAAGGGGAAGGUACAGGACGUGGGGAGUCGCAAGCUAAGCCUGAGCCUUAGUAGCUCAGGCAGUAGCGGCAGCAGCGGCAGCGGCAGUGGCAGUACCGGGAACAGCUCCAGCUCCAGCUCCAGUUCCAGCUCCUCAUCAACAUCAUCUGGAACAGCAACAGCUACGGAAGAAACAACAACAUUAACGAAGACAACGGACCAAAAUAUAAAGACAUACAACACACCCAAGAUAUCAGAAAAACCUAACGUACAAAAUGCACCCAUCACACCUGACCUGUUCGACGCAUCUGAGUGCGUGGAAACGGACCUGAAUCGUAUGAAGGAACAGACAAACGAGCCGGAACAGGAACUGGAACAAAGAAUACAGAGUUUGAAGAUGACCGGGGACUCAGGUACCUCCGGCACCUCUCAGGAAAAUGAAGAGAACGCGGAGCACCAACCAACAACAAAGAAAAAGAGAACAACAAGAGGUAACCUGCAUAGAAUAAAACAAUGUACUCUAUGUGGGUAUUCAACAAAAAGCGGACACAUGCUACGACACCAACGCGUAAAGCAUAAAUGGCUGACAGAAGAUAAUGGGAAAAAAGUAUUUGAAAAAUAUGGAUCGUAUGAAUGCAAGAAACCCGCAACAUACUGCCCACAACAGCACCUCCCCCCCAUGUGGCUGGUGGGGGCUGUCACGGGCACAAACCCCAAAUUUCUGGAAGCUCUAUACACGGGCGUGAUCCGGGAUACAAGACAAAAGGAUGAGGAAGAACACACUGAAUAG